AAUCUCUUGGUACAGUUGUUCAUCAAUCAGCCUUCAUCCUCAUCCCUACUGUCUUGUGUACUGUGGUUCCGUGGCUCCUGUCACCAUAGAAGUUAACCUCGAUUUUGUGUGUCGUUUUCGUUUGCUGCAUUUUUCUGCCUUCUAAGUUUACAACCUAUUUUUCUAUUUUAGUUUGAAAGCGUUUUAACUAAGAUCAAGAUGAGUGACGACGGAUUCAGCGACUUUGCAUCGGAGGAGUCUUCUUCGGAUGAUGACUUAGAAUUUAUGCAAGACUCGAAAGUAAAAAACGAAGACUAUUUGGAGACAACUGUCCCACAAUAUUCUGAUGAAACAUGUUUCGAGCAUUUCCGCGUGUCGAGAAAUGUGGUCAACGAAAUAAGCGGCAUGUUCCAGAACAGUGAAUACUACAGAAGCAAAUCUGGCCCAUAUGGCAAACUGUUAUCCGGUGACCAGGUACUGGUCUAUUUAUGGUACGUUGGGCAUGAGGCUGCAGGAUUCAGGGAUGUAGCAGAUAGAUAUAAUAUUUCUAUAAGCUCAGUGACAAGAAUUUUAAAGAGACUGACACUGUUCCUUAGCAAUUUAUCACCAACAGUAAUUCAAUGGCCUGAUGACAGUGAAAAAGAACAAAUUGAAGCACAUUUCAGGAAUAAUGGGUUUCCAAGAGUCAUCGGUUGUAUAGAUGGAUCGCACAUAAAACUUGAUAAACCAGAAAAUGACCCUGAAUCAUACAUAAACAGAAAAGGCUUUUACUCUAUUCAAAUCCAGGCUGUGUGUGAUCAUCAGAGAAGGUUUAAAGAUUUAUUUGUAGGGUAUCCAGGAUCAGUUCAUGACAGUCGAGUUUUUCGGACUUCUCCUCUAAGUCAGACAUUAGAACAAAAAUGUGGGACCUAUUUUAUACUGGGAGACAGUGGAUACCCUCUUCAAAAAAAUCUGCUAACACCCUACAAAGAUCGAGGGACUCUAACUCAACAACAGAUAAAUUACAAUAUAAAGUUAUCUAAAAAUAGAUGCAUUAUUGAACAUUCUUUUGGUAUGCUGAAGCAAAAAUUCCGUCAACUCUAUCACAUCAAGUUACGGAAGAUACCAUUGAUAGUCCAUUUUGUAAGAGCAGUCUGUGUUCUCCAUAAUAUUGCUAUCAAGGAUGAACUUCCUGAUGCUAAUUUAAUAGAGACAAUCGAGGCUGAGAAUGCUGCAGUAGCCAUUGGUGAUGAUAAUGAGGAUAUAGAAGAUGAUGGUAGUGCUGUUGCUAUUAGGGACCACAUCGCAGCUAUAUUAUGAAGUGGGACAGCUAAUAAUUUCAUAAAAAUAUGGAUCCACAAAUGCUCUAUUUUUAUGAUAAAUGGUAGCUUUCCAUCUUUCACAGUUUAUUUUACAUUCAUCAAAAAACUGUGGGGGUAUUUGUAUGAAUAUUAAAAACUUGAGCAUCGAAUCUAUUCAAUCACAGGUUUUUGAUAAAUGUAAAAUAGAAAAUUAAAGGAGGAAAACAUUUAACACAUGCACACAUAUGAAUAGAGCAUGACUGGGUCCAUUGUCAUGUGAACUUUUCUUUACAUUUUACAAUAUUUUAUCUGACCUUAAAUGUCUGUCACUACAUUUUGUAACACCUUGUAUAAUAUCAUUUAAAUAGUUUGUGUUAAUUUUAAAGAAACUCAUGUGCAUAAUGAGGUGAAAGUAUUUAUUACUGCUUUGUAAAAUCUAUACAUGUACAUUUCUCUUGUUUUAUGUUGAUAGAUUGUCUUUUAUUGCAGUCUUUCCCCAAAUCACAAAUGUAUUUGUAGUGUUUAGGAUCUAAUAAAUGUGUUGCAUUAUAUGACUAUGUGUAUGAAUCAAGAGCUGUAGCAGAAGGUAUCCAGUAUAUGGAUGGUCAUGACAAUACAAUAUGUGAUCUCCUUGUUAACUAAUAACUGAAAAUAAAUUGUCAAGAUAGAUGUCAAUGAAAUAGUAAUGCGAAUUAAUUGCUUUUUCCUUGUAGCGUUAAUA